UUUCUGUCUCGUGGUCCGUUAUACGCAGACCCUAUUCUUUGAGUAGGUUUAUUGCCGGUUGUCGAGACAUUCGCAAAAUAUGUUCAGCCAGCCUGAUGACCCGUCAUAAACCUUAAUCCUUAACGAAAAUAGGCAAACAGUCUUUUCCGCGAACGACACUUCCAGAGACUGACCAAUUAACAAUAACGGCAAUUUCCCUCACUCUCCGAACGAAGACUUUUCUCCACGAAUAUGAAAGACCUGGUGCCACGAGAGGGUAAUUCAGUUUUUCCUAAACAGCGUCACCGUCACGAAGGUUUCGAGUACGAUCUCAUCAACGGAGGUAUUUCGACAGAGUGCUUACUCCACGUGCUAACUGAGAGUACGACCUAGACGUUGCCGACGAGUAAAGAGUAAUUGACCGCGUAUUCGUUAUCGGACCUAAGACUAUUGUCAUUAGCAUCGCGAGUGCCUAACCGCCGCAGUUAUUUGUCAAAUUUAUCGCCUACAUACUUGUGCCAAUAAACCCUGGAUCGUACCAUAAUAGUGGCUAAUACUGGUGAAGAUUCGUUACCCGCCCAAACCUCCAAUCCUACCGUCAACCCGACGCAUGCACUCUGGUAUUAGAGAAACAUUCAGUAGGAAAAUAGCGGGCAAUGAAACAGCUGUUUUUUGCGUGAUGAGACAUCUAGCGGAACGCGUGUAACAUAAUCUCGUGUGCAAUAGCAACAGCAACAGCAACGAAUGAAUAAGAUGCAUGAUACGGAACCGAUCACAUCUAUCGUACUUAGGAGAGUUAACCAAGAAACCAUGGCAGCUGGUUGUUGUGGAACGAAAAAGCAAAAGUUGAAUGAUUCUACAAGUAUACCACGUAAUAAUACCGUAAGUUUACAAAAUGGCAUUCGUAUACGGAACUCUAUAAUAGCUCAGCCUGAGAUGGGCUUUUAUUGUUUCGAUGUCCUUUACUGCCAACUGCACCAACUUGACCCACCAAAACCACCCAACUUCAGUAACGAAGCUUUCCCUUUAUUUGUAACAUGGACCACGGGUAAAGAUAUGAGAUUAAGGGGUUGUAUUGGUACAUUCAAUGCAAUGCAGUUGCAUGCUGGAUUAAGGGAAUAUGCUACUACUAGCGCUUUCAAGGAUUCACGGUUUAAUCCCAUAACAUUAGAAGAACUUCCACGAUUACAUGUAAGUGUUUCUAUACUCCGACAUUUUGAAGAUGGAGCAGAUUAUCUAGACUGGAUAAUAGGAGUUCAUGGAAUUCGUAUAGAAUUCCAUAAUGAAAAAGGCAAUAAACGAACUGCUACAUAUUUGCCAGAUGUAGCAAUAGAGCAAGGAUGGAGCCAAAUUGAAACAAUAGACUCUUUGCUACAUAAAGGAGGCUAUAAAGGAUUAGUUACUCCUGAUAUUAGACGUAGUCUGAAAUUAACUCGAUACCAGAGUGAGAAAGUGACUGUGAGUUAUCAAGAUUAUUUGACACAUUGGCAAGGUCGAAGAUGCUAGCAACUGCCCUGGGGUUCUCUCAAAGGACCCCCCAUUUAUCACAUAUGUGGCAACAUUUGUUAUCUAAAUACAGAUACAUUUAAUUGUUGUCUACAAUAUAUUAAUUAUCAAUGCAAUAAUAUAAUGGCCAGUCAACAAGCAUUCAUUAUAAUAGAAGUUAAUUAUUUUUCAUGUAUACAAUUGUGUUCAAUAUCUAUUACUUUUAUCAUCUUAUCCUUACAAAAUCAUCUUUCAUUUCUAUAUAUAUAUGUAAAACUUUUUUAUUUAUCAUUAUAUCAUAAUCAUUAUCACAAAUGUCUUCCUGUAAAAGCUAUGGAAUACAUAAAUAUGGUACUAAAAGCAGUUCAACUUAAUCUUUUGAUAUUUCCAAUGGUGCCUAUUAUGUAGUAUGUAGUUUGUUUCACAUGUAUUUACUUCAUAAGAAAAUAUGUUUGUUAACAAAGAUAAUAGAAUCCUGAGUA